UUUUAUGCUGGUGAGAUACAAAACAUGCAAAACAUAUAUAAACAGUGAGUACAUAAAUUUACAUUGUACUGGGUUUAAAGGUGUUUGGAUUUUUUCAUAUCUUUGUUUACAUGAUUAUAUGUGUGUCUCGUGAAUUGACUUAUUUAAAAAUAUAGGGCACGUUAUAGAAAGAGGAAACUUAACACGGGUUAAAUUUUAGAAUGCAAGUAGGCCUUAAUUAUUUUGAUGAUUUUACGUGUGCGUCGUAAAUAGAAAUCAGGUAAAAAUGUAGGUCACUGUAUUUUAUUUACGGAUUAUAUCUUAGGAUGCAAGGUAAUGUAGUAGGAGAGCAAGCUAGAAUAGUUACACCGUAAUGAAGUCCCUGAAACGUUUAGAAGUACUUCAGAAACAUAUAAAUGCUUCAACUAGAGAAUGUUCGACCGGCUCGACCAGGGCCGAUGAACCGUGUAUAUCUGUGGCGCCCCCUGUCGGUAUGGUCGAUGAAAAAGUCGCAAUACAUAUACGUGGUCUGACUGCUGGCCAGGUGGUCACGGUCGUUGCAGAAGUUGUUGAAAAUGGAAUGAAGUUCGAAUCCCGCUGUGUUUAUCAAGCUGACAGCAAGGGUGAAAUAGAUAACUUUACUACAAAUUCAAUAGGCGGUUAUUUUAAAGGAAUCGAACCAAUGGGUUUGUUUUGGAGUCUUAAAUGUUUAUCCGCACCAAAUCAGUCAGCUAGACUUGUCAAAAAAGACGUCAGCUCACCAAUGAAAUUCGAUAUCAAAGUUUAUUCGGACGCUCACGAGGAACCAAUGUUGUCUGGUAAUCCCAUAGCAGCGACAAAAGUUGAAAGGUUAUACAAAAAUCCAGGGGUCAAACGAAUACAACUUACAGGAAAAUUUAAGGGAACAGUCUUUAUACCAGAAGGGAAAGGUCCGUUUCCUAGUUUGGUAGACAUGUUCGGUGGAUUGGUCAGUAUCAUUGAGACACGUGCGGCGUUGUUGGCGUCACAUGGUUACGUUACUAUGGCGUUAUCUUAUAUGCACGUGAGAAGCAAACCUGGCUUUGAAGACAAACUUGACGUAGACCUCGUUUACGUGAAGGAAGCAUAUGAGUGGUUGAUGGAACAAGAUUAUGUUGACACAAACAGACUUGGUGCUGUCGGUUUAUGUUACGGUGGGAUGCUGGCGUUAACUCUAGCUUAUCUUAUACCACAAAUCAAAGCUGUUGUCAAUAUAAAUGGGCUGUCUGUGACUCCUGUCAAAGUAUGGUUCAAUGAACUCUAUCCGUCAUGGCCUGACAAUAAUAGGGCGUAUUUAACAGAUGAAGGGUUAGUUGUAAAAGAUGGAUUUUAUUUAGAAGAGAAGAAGUUUCCUGUUGAAGCUUGGAGACAUGGUGCGAAGAUUCUCGUUAUAGCUGGUGAAGACGACAAACAAAUUGACCCUAAAACACAAACAUAUUUCUAUGAGCUUUGUCCAAAUGAGUUUAAGCACCUGGUUGAAGUGUAUAGGUACCCCGGAGCCGGUCAUUUAAUAGAGCCACCGUUCUCCCCUCAUGCUCGGGCGACAAAUCCGGGUAGAAAAAGAAUGGCAACUUCUGAGGCUGUUCCAAAACAAUAUCGUGACGCGGAUAUAAUGAACGGUGGGUGGACCGAACCGCAUGCACAUGCCCAGGAAGAUUCUUGGAACCGUACACUUAAAUUCUUAGAGCAAAAUGUGAAACAAAGGAGAUAAUUGAAUUUGAAAUAAUAGUGGAAAUGUGGAACAAAGGUGACGAUUAAAUGUGAAACAAAAGUGAAAAUGUGAAACAUGGGGGAUAAUUAAAUUUGAAAUAAUAAUGGAAAUGUGAAACAAAGGUGACAAUCAAUUGUGAAACAAAAGUGAAAAUGUGCAACAUGGGGGGUAAUUGAAUUUGAAAUAAUAAUUGAAAUGUGAAACAAAGGUGACAAUCAAUUGUGAAACAAAAGUGAAAAUGUGCAACAUGGGGGGUAAUUAAAUUUAAAAUUAUAAAUAGUGAAAAUAUGAAACAAAGGUGAAAAUUAAAUGUGAAACAAAAUUGGAAAUGUGAAACAUGGGGGAUAAUGAAAUGGGAAACAAAAGAUAAAUGGAGAACAGUAACUGUUAACGACAAGUUCUUAAGUUGUACAUGUUUUAAUAAUCAGAUGAUAUUCAUAAGCAGUGGAAGAGGAUAAUUUCAUAAGAGCAAGGACGGAGAAGGUGAAACAAUAUGAUAAUCAAAUGUAAAUUUAGGGAGAAAUUUUUUUUUAAAUUUAACAGUCGUGUUGCGUCACCCAUAUGAAAUAUUUGUCUAACUGAAGUCAAGUGAUAAUUAUAACUGUGCCAUGUACGCAAACUUGUGCAAUAGGUGAUAUCAUAGAAAAUCUUUUUAUUUCAAGGU